AGCCGAGUCCAAGACCUCCCUUCCUUGCAGCAGAAAAGCAAGACACACCUCCACGGAUGGAAGUGCGCGACGCGCAUUCACUGCCUCAGCGUGUGAAGUGCAUUUACUGCACCCGAGGCAAGAGCACUUCAGGCGUUCUUGUGUUCUGAAUCAGCAGCGCAGGUCGCGGAGCACUCUCGAAUUCGUCAUCUGCCGCGUUCCGGGAUAUGGACUUCAUGGGAGUCGGGGACGUCAGCGAGCCUCGUCCACGGUCCUUCGAGGAUCGUCCUCGCACGGUGCCGCAAUCGUCUCGUGAGGAGUUCGACCUGAACAGGCAGCAGCACGGAGGGUGGCCGCAUGAGAACGCAAGCCAUCCCGCCAGCGCACAUCGCCAUCACAUGGAGGCUAUGCUCGGUGAAGCAGAAGGCACCCCAUCGUCGCAGCCACGUUCUUGCCUUACCGGUGACACAGUGCYGAUUUCUCCAUGGCUUCACAUGGAGAAUGCAAGCCAUCCCGCCAGCGCACAUCGUCAUCAGAUGGCGGCUAUGCUUGGUGAAACAGGAGGCACCCCAUCGUCGCAGCCACGUUCUUGCCUUACCGGUGACACAGUGCCGAUUUCUCCAUGGCAUCACAUGGAGAAUGCAAGCCUUCCCGCCAGCGUACAUCAUCAUCAGAUGGCAGCUAUGCUCGGUGAAACAGAAGGCACGCCAUCAUCACAGCCACGCUCUUGCAUGACUGGUGACACAGUGCCCGUUUCUCCAUGGCGAGCAAGCAUCAGCGACGAUUCCGAUCCGUUCGUUGCAGGAGAGGACGACAUCUUCCUGGCGGCCUCUCAACGGUCCGCACAUGUCAGGGUCUCCCAGCACAUACUGCGCUCCUCCUUCACAAAUGACGCACGCUGCGCUGCUCGCGUCGUACGGCCGGGGAGCAGUUUCAAUGGGUCAAGCGGCUACGGUGUCCAUGCCGGGUCGUCCUCGCAGUUCUGGCCAGGCCCGGGUGGAAGGAUGCAUCAGCCUACGCUCGGGAGCGAUCAGCCUUUGCUCGGGAGCGAUGAAGCUCGUCGAUCAGCAUGGAGGAAGACUCCUCCUGCGGUGAGUGGGCCGAUGGCGCCAACUCCGUUUCGAGAUUCAUUGCGGAACAGCGUUGCUGGAUCACCAUCGCCUGCGGCGGCAGUGGGGUCAGAAGCAGAUGGGGAUGAUGACGGAACUGACGUGGAUGGAGGAGGUGUGGGUGCGCAAGAAGAGGUGCCUGCAGCUGCGCCGGAAGGGGGUGCUGUGGGUGCGCAAUCCGGGGCACAACCGCGCGUGGUGUGGAAUGUGGAGGAGCAGUUGGUGUUGGGUGUGAAGGUUCGUGCAAGCGUCGGAAGACACAAUGAGCGCACCGCGGACAUGACAGAUGCUGUGAGGGAUCACGGCAAGGCGACCGCUUCGGCCUUCUCAAGCGUCAGGGAGGCACAGAAGGAGAACACGACGAUGAUUGUUGGUGUGAUGGACAAGAUGAACAGCACCAUUGCGGCCAACGGAACCGAGCUCUUUGGAGCUGUGGCCCUCAUCGCCCAAGCGUUCAUGAAGACAGCAAGCGCACCAGGGGCGACGUCCUCCACACCCUCCCGUGGAAGCACUUGAUCUCGCCUGCGACUGCGACCCGUGGAAGCCUUGUUUUCUUUUAAAAGAAUAGUAUUCAUAUAAUAAAGCCGCUGUGCGGUU